CUGGCGAACGCCUCGCCCAGCCUGCGCGUGGUGGUCAUGUCGGCGACCUGUGACGUGCACAAGCUCAGGACGUACUUCGGAGACGACUGCGCGAUCGUUGAGGCGCGCGGCCGCUCCUUCGAGGUGCGCGAGCUCUACCUCGAAGACGUCGUCGAGGAGCUCGCCUGGCGGCCGCCGCGGCCACAGCACGGCGCGGCCGCCGGCGGCAUGCCCGUGAGCCUGACCUCGGAGUGCCGGGCCCACGACAAGUUCGAGGACAGGAGCGGCGCGCUCUCCGCCGCCACCGUCGAGACGGUGCGCUCGCUGCAGGAGUGGGUCCUGCCGCUCGGGCUCAUCGCCGCCAUCCUGGCCUGGGUCGCGCGCUCGGAGGCGCCCGGCAGCGUGCUGGUCUUCCUUCCGGGCUGGCGCGAGAUCGCCGCGUGCGCGGCGCUGCUGUCGCAGGACCCGCAGCUCCGCGGUUACGAGGUCGUCCGCCUCCACAGCACCGUGCCCCCAGACGAGCAGCGGCGCGCCCUGGGCCCCGCGGGCCACGGCCGCCGCAAGGCGAUCCUGAGCACGGACAUCGCGGAGACCUCGGUGAUGUGGGCCUCGAAGGCGAACCUCGUGCAGAGGCGUGGCCGCGCCGGCAGGGUAAGGGACGGCACGUGCGUGCACCUGAUCACCAGGGCGCGCUUCGAGGCCCUCGACGCGGAGCCCGAGCCAGAGAUGAGGCGGGUGCCCCUCGAGGAGGAGAGCUUCAGGGAGCUCGGCGCGCACGCGGGCGUGGCCAAGUUCCUCGAGGGCGCGCCAGAUCCUCCGGACACCAGGAACGUGCGAAGGGCCUUCUACGAGCUGAUGCACCUGGGCGUGCUCGACCACCAGGGCUACCUGACGCACCUCGGGGCCCUCCUGGCGCGCCUGCCCCUGCCGCCCCGGCUGGGCGCCGCGCUCUUCUUGGGCGGGCUGCUCGGCGCCGCGGACGCCGCCAGCCUCGUGGCUGCCGCGGUGGAGGGCCGGGAGCCGUGGGCCAGGCGCCGCGACUCGGACGGCGGCGGCAGCGCGGCCCGGCGGUUCGCCAGGGGCCCCGGGCUCACCGACGAGCCCUGGAGCGACGUCUUUUGCAGCGCCAACGCGCUGGCGAGCUUCUGCACGUGCGGCGCCAGCGCGUAUCGGAGCAGGUGGGCGAGCCAGAACCGCUUCUGCAACGACCACAGCCUGGUGCUGCCAGUCAUGCAGCAGAUGGCCAGCGCCCGCGAGCAGCUGUCCAACUCGCUGCGCGAGAUGGGGUGCGACUCUGGGCCAUGCGCGCAGGAGGUGGCGGCGCCAGCCGCGCUGAUUCAGGACUGGCCCCUCAUGCAGACGGUGCUCACCUUCUUCGGCGGCGAGAAGCUCGCGGAGCUGGAGGGUGGCCGCCGCGCGCAUGCGGGCUGGGCGAAGCCGGCCAGGCUGGAGAAGUCCUCGGUGCUGUGCGGCGGCGGGGGCGGCGCGGAGGAGGAGCCCCCGUCGCCCCUGCUGGCCUACGCCGACUACUCCUGCGGGUGGGACGGGCGGCGCCGCUCCGCGGUGUUUGGGGGCUGGCUGCACGUGCGCGCCGAGCCGGGUGACGCCGCCGCGCUCGGGUCGCUGCGGGCAGUCACCGCGUUGGUCAUGCAGCACGCCGCGAAGGAGGCGAUGCGCCGGUGGGGGUCCUCGUGGAGCGCUGGGAGCGACGAGUGGCUGCAGCAGUGGCGCCAGUGCGUCGUCGCCGUGGCCCGGUCGCCCGCGCCGGCCAGAGGAAGUCUCUGGGCUCCCCGGCCGAGCCCGACACUUCGGGCGCACGCGGUGCCGGGCCAGGCCCCUCUGGCGCGGGCGGCAGCGGCGGCCGCCGAAGUCGCCCCCAGCGAGUCAACGCUGCCGUUCGGCUGGGCCGCGCACGUGGACGCGCAGGCGCAUCAGUUCUUCGCGUGCCAAAGCACAGGCGAGUCCCGCUGGGCGCGGCCUGCGUCGGAAGGGCCCGACGGCAGCGCCGCAUUGUGGAGGUGGGCGUCUCGCGGCGAGGAUGGCGUCUGCUACUUGCGGACGGACUGCUACCACGCCCAGCUUCAGCCCCCGCGCGUGGGCGACUCACAGCUGCUGCCCCUCGGGUGGGAGGCUGUUUGGGACGCCGCGUCGCAGAGGCACUACUACUGGAGCCACCUCAAAGAGGACGGCUUCACGACCUGGGAGGUGCCCCAGCGGCCCCUGCUCGAGGUGGACGGCGAGCUCGCGCGGCGCUUCCUCGAGGGCUAGCGCGGGCGCGAGCUCGCGCUGCCUGCGGCGAGGGCCCGUGCCGAACUCGUUCGGCAGCUCACGGAGAGAACAGUUCCGUGGUACCUGCCCGUGGGGCUUCGCGUGGGCGGAAUACGC